UAGAUUUCUGUUCUUUAGUCUUUUUGACGUGCCAGGGUCGAUGUUUACGAUCUUAAUUAUAUAGAUUAUCUUCAAUCUUUGAUUGAGGAUUAUCAUAAUUGACUACAGUUUUCUGUACACAGAUUAUUAGUCGGUUACUCAUAUUAUCGGAUUCAUAUUUCUUUUUUACCACGAAAACAAAAGAUUUCGAGGAUAAAAAAUUCACAGAAGUAUAUCACGAAAUGGAGAGAGACUGCGUCAUCCUUUUUGUUUACCCAUUUUUUUUACAGGAUUUAAUCCGAUUAGCAAGUAGAUAUUUCAAGUUCGUAAAAAGACCUCUCAUCAAUCAUAUGCAAAAACACGUCGCGGUUAAAAAUAUAUAUGAAUACUUGCACCUCUCAUUUUUCACCUCUCGUUUGCGAUUACACAAGCUGCUCGGUUCGCAUCGUAAGUAAUUAUGGUGUAAUAUUGCGUCAUUAAUUAAUUGAGACAUACGCUUGCGUAUUUCGGAGCAAUCGCGCAUACGUUUACCUGCGUACGAUCGCGAAACACGCGCUUAGUUUUUGCGAUUCGCGAAAACAAUAUAUGCGACGUGUGACAAUUGAUAACAUACGUCGAUCCGUUUCAUUCUAGACGCGAUAAAUCCUAACGUGUAUAUGUGUGUAUGUGUUUUAUGUUUAUGUAUGGUGAUGUAGUAAAUUAAUCCUAGGAACUCAUUCUCGAUUAAUUCAUUACAUUGACAAGAAUGGAAUUCAUUAUAGAAGAUAAUAUCGAUAAAACACGUGAUUUUAACGUGCGCAAUAAGACGUGAGAAUAUAUACCUGAUACGCUUUAUGUGUCCGAGGAAAGAUAUAUGCUUUACAUGCACCUUGAAUAAAACGAUAUAGCAAUAUCGUGCACUAAUGAAUUGUAAUAUUGAAUUGCAGAACUAACAAAACUGGAUAAUAUUCAAGAAUACAUAAAUGUCCUCUGCGAGGAAUAUUCUGGAAUCUUUAAAGGAGGGAAGAGGAGGACCCUGAAAUGAUUGAAAUUAUGCCGAUAUUACAUACGUGCGAAUUGAGAUGGCAAGAUCGAGAAUGACAAUCUGGAACGUGCUGCUCUUACUGCUUCAGUUAGUUGUUUAUAAAAGUCGAUCAGAAAUGGUAAUAACGGCGGACGAUGACUUUGGUCUGGCACCCAUUGAUCCCGAAAUUGCCGAUGUCGUUGACUGGAAGCGUCACGCAUGUCGACGAACAUGUGAGGAUGAUGCGGCGCCUUUGGACUGCUAUUAUACCUUCAAGCUGGAGUCUUAUCAUACAAUGAGCAAGGCGUGUUACGACUGCCCCUUCAAUAUUACAGACUGUUUUCGGCCUCAUUGCGUCCCGGCGGACGGCAUGAAGCGAUCACUCAUGGUCGUGAACCGGCAAAUGCCAGGCCCGCCGAUCGAGGUGUGCCAAGGAGACAGGAUAAUAGUUGAUAUGAUGAAUUUAUUGCACGCGGAAAGCACGACGAUGCAUUGGCACGGCCAGCAUCAUCUCACCACGCCGUACAUGGACGGUGUACCCUACGUAUCGCAAUGCCCUAUCCAUCCUGGAGCGACCUUCCGAUACAAUUACAUCGCCACCGAAGCCGGCACGCACUUCUGGCACUCUCACAUAGGAUUUCAAAGAGGUGACGGUGUGUUUGGCCCGUUGAUCGUUCGUGUACCUCCUAAAAUAGACUGGCACAAGGAUCUGUAUGACUACGAUGAGUAUACGCUAGUAGUCGCUGAUUGGAUUCAUGAACUAAGUGUCGCCAAGUUUCUAUCACAUUACCAUGCGGAUGGUCAUAAUAAAGCGCCGAACUUACUCAUAAACGGUCUGGGCCGUUUUAUUCAGGAUGAAAAUGAAACUCUGACCGAUAUGCCUAUUACGACGUUCCUCGUAAAACCGAAUUUCCGAUACAGAUUCAGACUUAUUAAUGCAGAAUUCCUGAAUUGCCCUAUAGAAGUUUCUGUCGACAACCAUACUUUGUACGUAGUCAGUUCAGACGGGCGCGAUGUCGAACCGGUGCAAGCCGAAUCAUUGGUAAGUUACGCCGGUGAAAGGUUCGAUUUUAUAAUUGAGAUGGACCAACCGGUGGACAAUUACUGGAUGAGAUUUCGAGGACUGAUGGAUUGCGACGACAGAUUUUUGAGUGCCUAUCAAGUCGCAAUAUUGCGAUACGAAGGCGCACCUGAGGAAGAACCGCUGUUAGAAGUUUCGUACAAUCGUACAAGAAAUGAUACCUAUGGACUACAAGUAAACGCUCUAAAUGAAGGAACUGAAUCGAAUAACAGCAUCAGUAUGCCAAUGUUGAAUGCGACGGACAACGAUGACGCUUCAAACACCAGAGAACCUGAUUAUCAAUUUUACAUAUCGUACGAUUUUUACGGGAAGGAUAAUCCGCAAUUUCACCGCAAAAAUUUGUAUGGCUUCAAUCAAGUGGAACAACAAGUGCUCACACCGCAAUUGAACCACAUAUCAAUGAAGUUACCACCGUUUCCUCUCCUAUCUGAAAGACACCUUAUUAAACCGGAUCAGUUUUGCAACUCCAGUACGGUUGAGGAAUGCGAGAGUGAUUAUUGCGCUUGCACUCACGUGCUUCAAGUUGAGACCAACAGCGUAGUGGAACUAAUUCUGGUCGACGAAGGUGUUGCCUUCGAUGCGAAUCAUCCGUUUCACCUUCACGGUUAUCAGUUCCGCGUGGUGGCUAUGGAAAAGAUAGGAUCUAAUACUACUGUCGCUGAAGUGAGAGAACUAGAUAAUCAAGGUUUGAUACACAGAAAACUCAAACGAGCACCUCUGAAGGACACAGUAACCGUGCCUGACGGUGGUUAUACUAUUGUACGAUUUUACGCCAAUAAUCCAGGAUAUUGGUUAUUCCAUUGUCACAUCGAGUUUCACGCGGAGAUAGGAAUGUCGCUGAUCUUCAAGGUGGGCGAAAACAAGGAGUUGCCACCUGUGCCUAAUAAUUUUCCUAAAUGCGGGGACUGGAAACCGCCGGUUGAUGACAAUGAGGACAAGUCCGAGACUACUCAAAUUUCGUCGACCGAAGAAAUGCAAAUGUCAGGAUACGACAAGCGUAUCGCGGAUAUGAUAAAGCAAUUCGCGAUGUAUCUGACAUAUUUUGACCAACUCUUGAAAGUACAGACAUCCUCGGCAUCAAGUUCGAGUGUAACGUUACUGCUUUUUAUCGUUUGUCUUUUGAGUUCUGUGAUUCGCGUGCAAACAUUUUAAGACAUACAUCUACGUAAAUAGCCCUAAAGUGCUAAAGUCACAUUAUGGAAAAGCUUUACAGCAGAUUUACUCCGAUAUGAUCACAAAUUUGUUGGCAAGCGUUUCCUUUUCUUUCGCCUUAUUUCGAAUAAAUGUGACAAUCAUUGCACGUAAUGUAUAAAAACGUGAUCAUAAAUUAAAAUAAUCAUGUGCCAAUACAAUAGACGAACGUUUAGUCAUAACUAUUACGAAGUAUUAAUAUUUAUAGAAAGCAUUCGUCCACAUUUUUAUUUUCGUUGGUCAGAUAAGUGCAACCACACACGCAAAGCCGAUUUUAGACGAAAUGAUAGAAAUUUUUUUAAUAUACUUCGUGAUAUUGCGUAUUUAUCUCUGACGAGCGAGCGGACGUUAUGUUAAACAAGUGAUUUACAUUUCUGUGAUAUAAAAAUAGAUUACGAUUAUUCUAUAAUUGCCAGAUUAUCAAUUACGCUAUCCGAUAAUGUAGACGCGGUGUUAUUCUAACUUAACUUUUAUUAAUUUCAAUAACGAAUCGAUUUUAGUUAUAUAGCGGAAUCGAUAUAUCCUCCGCAAGGAAAAUGUCAGGUGGUAAUAAUAUACUAUUCGUGAUUCAGAAAAGAACUUGCAAAUUGGAAGAAAGAAAUAGACAAUAAAAUUAUCAGUUUCAGAUGAUUUUUCUUGAACAGAAUUAGAAGCUACUUAUAAAAAUAUAUAAUGUUGAUACCGCUAUACAUUUUCUUUAAGAAAAAGUUGAUCAAACUUCUAAUAAUAGACCAAAGAAUCUUUUAUUAAUUAAUAACAGACUAAUAUAUUUUAAAUCUUAUCUAAAUAUAAUCCUAUAAAAACGGGACCAUCUUGACAGAUACCUGACUGUAAUUAUUACAACCACAUAUUGUACAUAUAGCGUUUAAUCUAACAUAAUCCAUAGACGAUUCGUAAGCGCGUUAUCAACUGUAUGAUUGUGUAUUCUUUACUUUGGAUAUGUGUAUGUGUAUUUUUAUCAAGGAAAUGUGUAUCAUUAUUUUUAAAUAUACAGAAUAUCUUUAAA